AUGUUGCGCAACGAAUAUUAUAAAGAUGACAUAAUUUACAUUACAUAUUUGACGCGAAACGUUUUGAGUUUACUCGGAGUAUGGCCGUUUUAUAGGAAAAAAUCUACCCGUGAGAAAAUUUGGAAGUAUUUCUUAAUCUUGAUCUGUCACAUUCUCCUCUAUUCUGUCCUGAUACCUGGUGCUCUUUUUUGGUUGGUUGAGAAGAGACCACGCGUCAGGGUCCGAACAAUCCCUCUGCUUCUUUUUGGUUUCAUAGCCUGUGGUAAAUAUAGCAGUUUGGUAUUCCAUGAGAAAAACAUAAAACGCUGCUUGCAGCACAUCGAGGAAGAUUAUAAAGUUGUUAUCAACGCAAAAGCGCGGAACACGAUGAUUAAAUCUGCAAAAAUUGGAAGACGUCUGGUUACACUUUGUGCGAUUUUCAUGUAUGGCAGCGGGCUCUCUUUUCGACUGAUCUUGCCAUUUGCCAAAGGAAAAAUCAUCACUCCACAAAAUGUUACGAUUAGACCUCUGCCUUGCCCGGCUUACUUCAUUUUCUUCGAUGUACAAGUCAGCCCCAUUUACGAGCUGAUCUUUGCAAUACAAAUAUUAUCCGGGAUAAUCACUUACUCAAUAACAACAGGUUUAUGUGGUCUUGCGGCGGUCUUCGUAAUGCACAUUUGCGGUCAGUUAAUAAUUUUGAUGAGCUUGAUGAGAAAUUUUGUCAAGGAGAAAUGGCAAGAAAAACUGCAAGUGAACAGGAAGCUGGCAAUAAUGGUUGAACAUCAAAUAAGAAUUCGAAGUUUUUUGCAAUUGGUAGAAAAUACUCUACAACAAGCGUGUCUAAUAGAACUGACUGGGUGUACGAUGAAUGCCUGCAUUCUAGGAUAUUUUAUAAUAAUAGAAUGGGAAAAUAGCAAUCCAUUAGCUAUGAGCUCUUAUUUUACAGCGCUUAUGUCCAUGUUGGUAAAUAUGUUUAUGUUUUGUUACACUGGUGAACAACUUACCGUUCAGGCUGAAAGAGUAGCUAGAACAUCUUGCAUGCUCGAGUGGUAUCGUCUUCCAAAUAAGACUGCGCGUGGAAUCGUAUUGAUGAUAAUCAUGUCAAAUUUGCCCACCAAGAUUACUGCUGGAAACAUUAUGGAUCUAUCAUUAAAAACAUACGGCGAUGUUAUCAAAGCAGCUGUGACGUAUUUUAACAUGCUUAUAAAAACAAUUAAAUGA